AUGCUCAUGUUCAAUACUAGUCGCCAGUGCAUCAGUGUUAGUGCCGACAUGGAGUUGCAUAGGAAGUUGGAACUGAAAAGUGAGAUUCAAUGUGACGAACAAACGCAGUUAUCACCCAAAGCAGUGAAAAGACCGUUCGAUGUUGCCUUCCUGAUGUUGCCUGACGAGAAGCUCAAGCAGAAACAGAAGCUAGCUAAAACUUUCGAAAAAGACAUCGAUGUGUGUUACAGCACCAACGAUGAAGACGAAGAAGUUGAAAUAGAAGACAACCCGCGUGAGUACAAGCCACAUCAAAAGUUCUUCACCCAGAAGCAACAGAUCUUCGAUGAUCCUGGACUAGUGAAGCCAAAAAACCUAGAAGAUCUGAGACACAAACCCUUAUCGUCCUCUAACGAACAAAAAAGUGCUUUCACCAAAGUUACCCUUGCCCAGAAAGAAUCUAGACUGUCACCUAGUCUCAGCAUGAGCCCAGACCUGAGCUAUCAGCAUUCUUUGUCUCCAUCCCCACCUAUCAAUAGAAACUACCAAACUUUUCCAACUGGGAUACUCUCGCCGAGUCGACUGUUCAAGAACCAACAGCUAGCAUAUCAGAAUCACCAAUUCAUGUCCGAUAGCUUCCCGCAAAAUAACUCCUCGAUGGAAACCAACUUCUUCAGGACCCAACAGGAGCUGAUGCAGCCCAACUUCGCGAAAAUGCGACCUAUGUACAGGCCAGAUCUGACCUACAACUACCAACAACUCUCCAAUCCAGAGAUGCUGAAAAUGUCAGGACCAGACUUGCGGAAUCCAGCUGCUAUACUGACCACGCUUCUACCGCCAUCGCUAGCAGCUUUGUCUUUGCCAGCGCAAAACGUAUGUGCCAAAUGCAAUAUCUCCUUCAGGAUGACUUCGGACUUGGUGUAUCACAUGAGGUCGCACCACAAGAACGAAGCCACCGAUAUAACCAAGAGGAGGAGGGAGGAUAAGUUGAAAUGCCCGGUGUGUGCAGAGUCUUUCAGGGAGAGACAUCAUCUGACUAGACACAUGACAGCCCAUCAGGACAAGGAGGACGACGAUAAAAUUGGGAAGAAGGGCAGUUACUAA